UGAAUCAGUGUAAUACAGAUACAGGUGGGAGUCGUAUAUGCGUCAGCAACAGGUUGCGGAGUCGCGAGAACACGUUCUCACCUCCUUCCUUUUUUUUUUUAUCUAUUCUCGACGUAAGCUAAGCCCGGAGAAGCGGGAGUUACGCAAAGACGCGAAUUUGUUCGUCGCACUUCCGAGGCAGGCUCGUUAUGUCGUAUUUAGGUCGACGAAUCGGCGGUCUCGCUCACGAUGGGCGCGAUUCGAAGGCACGCACGGAAUAUAUUAGUUCUCGGAAGUAGUGGAUAGCCUCGAAAUAUUGUUCGCGCGUAAAUCUGUCAGUCUCGUGAAAAAUAAUCGUAUCACGGAUCCGGGCGCUUCCUUUGUGCGUGUGCUGUUCCGAGUGUCGUGCUACGUCGGUCCGUCGCCAAUUUAGAAUUUAUUUUGGGAAUAAGAUGAUCGCGCAGACGUUCGUAUACCACACACGGAACAAGCCUGUCCGGAAAGACAUCGAUGAGAACUGCUUCUAAAUUGCGAAUCUAAGUUGUCCAGGCUCGAGGAACGAUAUUUUGGAAACUAUGGAGAGGCAGCAGGGAGAAGGUGCAUACGUAGAUGGUGAUAAUAACCUGCUAGAUUAUUGGGAGGAAUGGAAGCUCUUGGACAACUAUCUCGAAGAGGAGUGUCCACGUACCUACGAUGAUGGAGAAGAAGAGGCGGAAUGGUUGCGUACAGCCGGGCUGGGGCAGCUGACCGAAGCAUGGAAAGCCGGACAGGAAGUGCAACCGGAAGAACUGGGGGCUGCACUGCGUCCCUUAUCGCGAGCGCAAGCGGAGGCGGUGAAACGUCGCGUUAGAUCUCUUAAUCACACCGUGAAACAGCGUUUUAAUCAGCGACAGCGGGUUCGCAAGCCAGACAUUCGAGACGUCUUUAAAGACGUGGAGGCGUCCAGUACGGGGACAAGGUCGCGUAGCGCUACGCCUGAUUCUUUAGAUUCCAUUCCAGGUGCGACGCCAGAGAAUGCCUCGCCACCAUCGCCAUCGACGGUCGCCGUUGUCGACACGCAUUAUACAAACACCGCCGUACCGAACUUCGUGUCGGUAUUUCAGCGAGCAUCGAACGAGGGUAAAGAAACGGUGCGCAGAACACCCAGUGCGCCGUCGACGACCGCGCACACGGCGCCAGGUCCACCGCCGACGCCAUUGCCCGUUCAAGAGAUCUUCAGACGCGCUGGGAACUGGUUGCGCGGAGACGUCGCGAACGAUUCAGAAGGUAUUCAGCUAACAGGAUAUCACAGGUUAGGAACUAUACACGUUUCGAGGCCGACUAUACAAAGGCGUAGCGGCAGCGAUCCCAGCGAAGUGGCGAACACGAGUUUGGGCAACGAGUCCAUCGAAAAGUUGAACAUAUCCAAGGAUUCGACGUUAAGGAGAAACUCUGGCGGUCACGCGACGGUUACUCGAAGCCACAGCAGCUUGUACGGUUUGACGAGACCGGCUGACGAGGGUCUGAUAACGCAUCCUCUGAAUCGCACGUCGUCCCAUGGGCAUUUGAGUUUCGAGGAAGUGUGCAGAGCGAACGAAGUAAGGUCGCAGCCAUGGGCGGCGAAAACUCACGCGUCGGACGACGCAGAGAGGCGGAUAGGGGUCGAAAUGUUGUCGCAACGAGAUCUGACCAGGUUGCAGCCACUAUUGUGGCUCGAGUUGACCGCAGUCUUCGAUAAAUAUAACGUACCGUUGAAGAAACGUAAACCGAAUAAACGUCGAACGAAAGCUGGGAACUUAUUCGGCGCUUCGUUAUCGACUCUGUUGCUUCGCGAUAGCCAGUUGACGUCCGAGGAGAGCAAUAUACCGCUAGCGUUCCAAAAGAUUCUUAGCGAAUUGACGAGACGCGGCGUGAAGGAGGAGGGAAUUCUUCGCGUCGGGGGACACAAACAGAAAGUCGAGGCGAUAUGCACGCAGUUGGAAACGGAUUUCUAUAGCAAACCCAAAGAGAUGGAUAGGUUGUUCAAGCGCAUGUCGACUCACGACUUGUCGGCGGUUUUAAAAAAAUUGGUCCGCGAUCUGCCGCAACCGUUGCUCACCAUCGAGCUUAUCGACGCUUUCUACCAAAGUCAUGUAGUGAAGGAUCGCCAAGAGUUGUCGUACUCUUUGAAUUUGCUGGUGCUACUGCUACCAAUAGAGCAUCGUUGUACCUUGAAAGCGUUAGUGACGUUCUUGAACGUGGUCGUCGAGAACCAAGCGUCAAACAAAAUGUCGAUCCAUAACGUAGCGAUGAUAGUGGCACCGUCCCUGUUUCCACCGCGGUACGUUCAUCCCCGCGAUCGAACCGAUCUUACCGCUCAGGUCAAUAUGGCCGCCGUUUGCUGUCAGGUGACGGAGGCUCUCCUCAGCAACGCGGAGAAACUGUGGUACGUACCGAACGAUCUUAUAAAUCAGAUGCACAGACAGUCCGUGGAGGAAAGGUAUCGAAAAUACAAGAAAAAGUAUUGAUGACGGGGAUCUGUCGCGCGACAUUUUCUUGGUUAGUUUCCGACAAUGGUGCAGUUUUCAGAUGGAGCGCCAUGCUCGAUCGAUUAGUUUCGUAAACGUUUUUAAUUCACGUCCGGUCGAUCACGAUGAUCGCUGACGUACGCAAGUGCCUAGAUUUUGUGGUGCCUUGUACGAGACCAGGGAUGGGCAUAUUUAAAUAAUUUUGUUAUUGAAAUACAUCUAAAAUACAUGUGUUCAAUGGCGAUGAACAACUUGAUACAUCGAGUUUCGUAACGAUCAACGUUCGUUCGUAUUUUGUACACGUUCCUGCUGUUGAAUAUUAAAUACUCGUGUAAUUUGUAUUGGGAUGCAUCGUCGAGUAUCGAAUACAUUACUUUGUAUUCGGUUCCAUCGAUGAAUAAAAAAUACAUUAUCGCCUCGGAUCGCUUCUAUAUGAUAAUUAAGAGUUUAUAUUUCAAUUUUUUUUUUUUUAUGAACAGAUGAACAUCGAGAACAGCAUAGAUUUUUUUAAACAUUUACAAAUUACGUUAUUCGCUCGUAAACGAUUUAUAAAUGUAUGAAUUUUUUUUAUUACUUUUAUAAACAUUCAUGAAUCUUUUAAUGAAUUUACGAAUUUAGGGUUUCGUUAAUUUUUGUUUUCAGGGAAUGUAUUCGAUGAAUUUUAAGAACCCCUUAAAUUCUGUUGCGUAAUAAAAUGUUUAAAUCGAUGAUUUAUAAAGUGCACGGAGCAUUCGAUUGCAAACGGAAUAUAAAUUUGUAACUUGUGAUACGAAUACUUUUUUUUUUAAAUACAAUUUGCCCAUCCCUGCGUGAGACAUCCCGCGAGUCCGGUGAUGAUUACCAUAAUCUAAUUAAAUAUCGUGGUGUUGCAUGUCUCGAGGUGCAACACGGUGCGUUCGUAAUUAUUCUCCAUUUUGGACGUCGUUCGAACGCGCAGGCGCAAACGUGUCCGUCGCGUUCCAAUCGGUGAUGGAGAUUCGUGGGAAGUUUGGUCAUGCGCAAUGGAGCGCAUGGUCAUUGCCGUUAUUUCUCAGAUUGACCAAGAAUGAUCAGUUUUCUUUAUUCAUUACAAUUGAAUAAUUAUUUUUGUUCAUUGCAAUGUUGUAUCUAGUGUAUAACUUGAAGGAAAACAAAUAUAGUCAUCCCUUAAAGCAUCAAAUUAAACAAAUAUCGUUUUUCAAAGCAGUCAGACUCGAGCAUGAGCGUUAAGGGGUUAACUAGAAUUUUGGGUACCGUUGGAUCCCAGUAAGGAACAAAAUUUAAGGAAGUUACAGGGAAAGAGACAAAAACAAAAAAUUUCCUCUUAAUCUACACGAGUAUAGCUGGAGAAAUACGUAGGGGAUCUUGGAUAAGUUAAUUUUUGUGCGAUUGGCGAGCAUUUGAAGUAGAAAGUUCAAUUUUGUACAAAACAGAAGUUCCCAAAAUGCACCUCUUUUUGCGCUAAAGAUACAUCUAUGGUAGCAGAUAACAGCUAGCUCUGACGUCAGCUUUCGCAUGCGCAGAAAAUUCCCUCGAAUGUCCAUCAUUGGUUCCAAUAGCACAGCGUGGAAACAAUGCAAAUUCAAACAUAAACUACGAACGCUCAACGACGAUCGUUCAUUCGCAGUUUCUCGCGUUACAGCGAAAUUAUCUCGAGUGGCAUUUUAUACAUUACAGCAUUUCUACGUAUAAGUACUUUAAUUUAUUACUAAUACCCAUUGCGUGGAGCCUCAGCGAGUAUCGCGUAGGUGCAUAUUAUUUGUUUAUUUUCAAUCUUUCUUUUUUGUUUGUUUUGUAACAUUUUUUACCCGCCAGUGUGUGUGUGUGUCGGCGAUUCCGCCGAUAUCCGUGCAACCAUCCUCGAAGUUAACGUAAAAGGAAACGAACGUUCGCGAGCACAACGGCGAAGAAACUAACCGAAAAUCCUGGUGCGUCUCGCGAACGUCUCGUUUCCGUUUACGUUCUCGUCCUGUUCUCUGAUGCGCCAUAUUACUUUAAGUAAUUGUACAUACUGUAUUCCGUAAAAUUGUUACAUUUGCGUCAAUAAAG